GUUCCACUCCUCCAGCUGGCUCUUCCUCCGCCCGUUGAUUGAUUCCAGUAAGAUUGCCCUGACACUCGUGCUCUACCAUCUCUCUCAAAGUGCGUAACUGCCUGCAAGUCCGUGGUCAUCGAACAACUGACUCUAACUCUGCUUAAGAUGUACGCCGCCUCCGCUCUCCGCGCCAGAAUGGCCACCUCUUUCGUCGCCCGUCGUGGCUUUUCCACCACCCGUGCCCAGCUCGGCAGCCCCUACCACUACGCUGAGGGUCCCCGUUCCAACCUUCCCUUCAACCCCCUCACCAAGUACUUCUUCUGGAGAUACUGGGCUUUUAUGAUCACCGGCUUCGGUGCUCCCUUCGGUAUUGCUGUCUGGCAGACCUACAAGACCCGCUAAGCGCCCUAUUGUGCUGUUCAAUAUUCACGCGCAACGGAAAUUGGUGGGAUUCGGGGGAUCAGCGGUCGAGUGUGUAUCCUAGAUCGGAUGUUUUCGGAAAUUUGUAUAAAGUUGAGGAAUUGAGCACGGUUUUAAUUCAGAAUAAUAUCUCUGGCAUUAAGU